UUUAGGUUGCCUAACGGUUGCCGCCGAUGCGCGUUCCCACACCCCUCCCCUAAACGGUGGGCAUCGGUGACGCGCGUCUGGGGUUCAUGUUUAUGUCUGUCAGGUUUCCGAUUGGGCGCCGUGUGGACGUGUGAUGAGCAUCCGCGCGCCGUGGGCGGGAACAGUCAUGUUUAUAAACCACAGUACUCGCGCCGUGGGCGGGAAGACUGGAUUGAGAACGUAGUGAUUCGAAAGCGAGAGGACGCGCGGCAGCGGCGGGCGGCGGGCGGCUGUGGCAGACCGGAGCUUGUGGAGGAGGCGCGGCUUCCACUGCCCCUCCACCGAAGCAGCUGUAUGGACGACCACCUCAGCCUCCUCCACUCGCCUCCGCCUUCCUUGAGCAAGCACAGGGGCAAUAACCUCGUGAACCACGGCUACACCGAAAACGAGCAAGACAUCAUGACAAUUGUUGCAUGCGACAACAUGCUGGAGGAGUCGGCGGCGCUGCCCGGGCACCACUCUCAGGAGCGCUACGAGCCAGACCACGAGUGCUGCGAGAGAGUUGUCAUCAAUAUCUCAGGCUUGCGCUUCGAGACGCAGCUCAAAACCCUGUCCCAGUUCCCCGAGACUUUACUUGGCGACCCCAAGAAGAGAAUGCGCUACUUUGAUCCACUUAGGAACGAGUAUUUCUUAGACAGAAAUCGGCCGAGCUUCGAUGCCAUCUUGUAUUAUUACCAAUCCGGAGGGCGCAUACGGAGACCCGUGAACGUUCCCAUAGACAUUUUCUCCGAGGAGAUACGCUUCUACGAGCUCGGGGAGGAGGCCAUGGAGAAAUUUCGAGAAGAUGAGGGCUUUAUAAAGGAUGAGGUGCGUCCGUUGCCCUCUAAUGAGUUUCAGCGACAGGUGUGGCUGCUGUUUGAGUACCCGGAGAGCUCGGGUCCGGCCAGGGGCAUCGCGAUAGUCUCGGUGCUGGUCAUUUUGAUAUCCAUUGUUAUCUUUUGUCUGGAAACGUUACCCGAGUUCCGGGACGACAGGGACCCAACGACAGUCGCGCCGCUGGCGAACGGAACUCUCCCGUUCUUCACCAGUCCCUUUUCUGACCCGUUCUUUGUCAUCGAGACUGUGUGCAUCAUCUGGUUCUCCUUUGAGCUGCUCGUGCGUUUCUUCGCGUGCCCCAGCAAAGCCACGUUCUCCAAGAACAUCAUGAACAUCAUUGACAUCGUGGCCAUCAUACCCUAUUUCAUCACUUUGGGGACCGAGCUCGCGGAGAGGCAAGGCAACGGCCAGCAGGCGAUGUCCUUGGCCAUUCUCCGGGUCAUCAGACUGGUGCGCGUGUUUCGGAUUUUCAAACUCUCGCGGCACUCGAAAGGGCUCCAGAUUCUGGGGCAAACACUCAAAGCCAGCAUGAGAGAGCUGGGCUUGCUGAUCUUCUUUCUCUUCAUCGGGGUCAUCUUAUUCUCGAGCGCUGUGUACUUCGCCGAGGCGGAUGAUCCCGACUCGGGCUUCAACAGCAUCCCUGAUGCGUUCUGGUGGGCGGUGGUUACCAUGACGACCGUGGGGUACGGCGACAUGCACCCGGUCACCAUAGGGGGCAAAAUCGUCGGCUCCCUGUGUGCGAUCGCGGGCGUGUUAACCAUCGCUUUGCCGGUGCCAGUCAUCGUGUCCAACUUCAACUACUUCUACCACCGAGAGACUGAGGGCGAGGAGCAGGCGCAGUACCUCCACAUCGGCAGCUGCCAGCCUCUGUCCUCCUCCGGGGAGCUGAGGAAGACCCGGAGCACGUCCUCGCUCAGCAAGUCGGAGUACAUGGUCAUCGAGGAGGGAGCCUUCAAGCAGCCCAACUUCCCCGCUCAGAACAACCAGAACUGCGUGAACAUUAAAAAGAUGUUCACCGACGUGUAGCUUCUAGACGCGUGCCAGUGCGAGUCUGCGUGAUGAUGGCACUGUAGGUUCGUGUCAUGACAGUCAAGUGCUGCUGAGUGUGUAGCCCUCCAUUUCCACGACGCGGAGGAAAUGUUACAUGUCUAACGCGCCCUCAUGCAGUGUUCAUCACCUGUUUGACUGAACCAUUUUACUGUGAGGAGGAAGCCGCUAUCGGCUCUCAGACCGUUUGCUGUCUUUAGGGUACGUUCAUUCAUAUCUGGCAAUAUGUGACAUCAGUGUGGCAAGCCGUUUUAACAUUUAUUCCUUACAACUAAUUAGCAUCUGUUUUUAUUUUACUAGUAUUUUUUAUUAUGAGUAG